GUCACACACAAACCAAAACCAAAAAAAGAAAGAAAGAAAGAAAGAAAGAAAAGGUUUCAGCUUCCUGACUUUGACUUUUCUCCUCUCUUCGUUUGAUUGUUCCUAUUCUGCUAUCACCACCACCAUGUCCAUCGUUACAUUAAGCUUAAAUCCUCACAUCAUGCACUAACCCCUUUCACACCUUCAUAAUCCCCAACGGAAACGAAACAUGUAUCCCCCAAGAAGAACCAAUGCCUUUUCCGUAUAUGUCAUGCGAUUCUCACAUAAUUGAAAAACGAAGGGAAACACACGUAGGUGAAGCCAAAGGGGUUUUAGGGUUUUAACGUGAUGGACUCGUCCCCGUCGUCAUCAUCUGGUAGUAAUAACACUGUGAAUUGGUUUGGGAUGAGUUUUCCCUUUACUUCUCCACUCUCUCUCGUCAUGGAUUACUGCACGCGCGAGGAUUCUGUUGAGCCUGUCAUAAUCAUUCCUCGUACGCGCCCUCGGUUUCAGGUUCAAUCUGAAUCUGCUUCUGCGUCUGAUUCUGAUUCUGAUUCUGGUGGCAGUGCCUGUAACGGUGCUGAGGAAGUUGCCAUACGCAUAAUUGGGGGUGGGGAGCAAGAGAACAGUUCUUCUUCGUCGUCGUCAUCGGCGGCGGCGUCUCGUAAUCGGGUUGGGGAAUCGAGCUGUGAUGACGCCGUGGUUGGAAGAAGUGGGAUGCUGUCGCCGGAGGCUCGCCGGCGAAUGGCUGAGGAGAGGGUUCCGUUGGUGUCUUUGGCUGAUGGGAUUGGUGGUGGUAGGGAUUCCACGUCCUCUGCUUAUCAGCGGUAUGAUAUUCAGCAGAUUGCCAAGUGGAUUGAGCAGAUUCUCCCUUUCUCCCUCUUGUUGUUGAUUGUUUUCAUCCGCCAGCAUUUGCAAGGUUUCUUUGUCACAAUUUGUGUAUCAGCUGUGAUGUUCAAAUCAAAUGAUGUUGUUAAGAAGCAGACAGCUCUGAAGGGAGAUCGGAAAGUUUCUGUUCUUCUUGGUAUCUCUUUUGCCUUCAUGCUGCAUGUGAUAAGCAUUUACUGGUGGUAUCGAAAUGAUGAUCUUUUAUACCCGUUGGCCAUGUUUCCACCAAAAGCAACACCACCUUUUUGGCAUGCCAUAUUCAUCAUUUUGGUUAAUGAUACAUUGGUGCGGCAAGCAGUGAUGGCUUUCAAGUGUGUGUUGCUUAUUUACUGCAAAAAUGGCAGAGGUCAUAACUUCCGUCGACAGGGUCAAAUGUUAACACUGGUUGAAUACACUCUGCUGUUGUAUCGUGCCUUGUUGCCAACACCUGUUUGGUACCGUUUUUUCUUGAACAAGGAUUAUGGAAGUCUCUUUUCCUCACUGACUACAGGAUUGUAUCUAACUUUCAAGCUAACAUCUGUAGUUGAGAAGGUCCAAUGCUUUGUUUCUGCCUUAAAAGCACUAUCAAAGAAGGAAGUUCAUUAUGGGGUUUAUGCCACAACAGAACAGGUGAAUGCUGCUGGUGACAUGUGUGCUAUAUGCCAGGAGAAGAUGCGUGCUCCUAUAUUGUUGUGCUGUAAACACAUGUUCUGCGAAGAGUGUGUAUCUGAAUGGUCAGUUAAUUGUUUUAUUCAUUGUUUGGACCUUUUAAAUUGGAAGCUCACUCUAUUCAUGCAGUUGUGUGUGAAAUUUUAUAGCUGGAUGCCCCACUUAUUUGAUUUCUUCACCGAGAAGAUGUAUAGGUCCCCCUCAUCUCAUAUGAGCUCAUCUGUUUCAACAUCUCAAGGAAUAUUUCCAACUUCAAGAAUUGGAAAUUGUGAAUCCCCCGAUGUUGGGGCUUCUUCUUCUCUUUCCCGGCCUAAUGCAGAUACGAAUGAAAAUGAUGAAACAGACUUGCUCUCAAUAUCUUGGAAUCAGGACUAUGGUUGCUUUGCUGCUGGCACCAGUCAUGGUUUUCGUAUCUAUAAUUGUGAACCUUUCAAAGAAACUUUCAGACGUGAUUUAAAAAGUGGUGGUUUUAGAAUUGUGGAGAUGCUGUUCCGCAGCAAUAUUUUAGCACUUGUUGGUGCUGUAGCUAAUUCCCAUUAUCCACCCAAUAAAGUUUUGAUAUGGGAUGAUCAUCAGAGCAGGUGCAUUGGUGAAUUUACAUUUAGGUCUGAAGUUCGGGGAGUGAAAUUAAGACGUGAUCGAAUUGUAGUUGUUCUUGAGCACAAGAUAUAUGUUUAUAAUUUCAUGGAUUUGAAGCUUCUUCAUCAGAUUGAGACUUUGGCGAAUCCAAGGGGGUUGUGCUGUCUUUCACACCAUUCAAAUGCAUUUGUUUUGGCUAGUCCAGGUCUUUAUAAAGGACAGGUUCGAGUUGAACACUUUGGAUUGAACAUGACAAAAUUAAUCAAUGCUCAUGAUUCUCAAAUUGCAUGCUUCACUCUGACAAUGGAUGGGCUCCUUCUUGCAACUGCUAGUGUUAAGGGCACCUUGAUUAGAAUCUUCAAUACAAUGGAUGGGUCUCGUUUACAAGAAGUAAGAAGAGGGGUGGAUAGAGCUGAAAUCAACAGUUUAGCUCUGUCUCCAAAUGUCCAGUGGUUGGCAGCAUCAAGUGACAAAGGCACUGUUCAUGUAUUCAGCUUGAGAGUGAGGGUGUCUGGGGAGGAUAGUUUGACUCAGCCAAAUGCUACCCAAGGACCAGCACUGUUUCAUCAGAAUUCUUCAACUUCUCUGGAUCCGUUGAUUUCCCCAAAUACUGGUGCCAACCCCAAUUCAUCAUUAUCUUUCAUGAGAGGAGUCUUACCAAAAUAUUUUAGCUCAGAAUGGUCAUUCGCACAGUUCCACUUGCCUGAAAAUACUCAUUUCAUUGUGGCAUUUGGAUCUCAGAACACCGUCAUAAUUGUUGGCAUGGAUGGGAGUUUCUACAGAUGUAGCUUUGAUCCAGUACAAGGGGGAGAGAUGGUGCAGCAGGAGUAUGUUCGUUUCCUAAAAUUUGAAAAUAGACCAAUAUAAACUAUUUCAAGUUGCUCAACAUGUUUGCCAAGCAGUAAGCUAUUCUCAAGCCAUGUAAAUGUGUCCAGCACCAGGUCAUAAACUGUUAUUAUCAUGUGUAAAUAUGAUUCCCCCGUACUGGAGGAUCUUGAGAUAGUACAUGUUGUAUAUCUUGUAUAUUUUGGGGAAAAAGGAAAUGAAAUUGAAUUUAGGAA